GGCAAGGAGCCUUAGAUUGUGGACGCUGAUGUCUGUUGUAAUGACAGCCAAGUGGAUGGGAGCUGCUGGGGUAGCAACGCAGCGAAAACCACCGCCUGCGAUGUUCGUCUUUGGGGACUCUCUAGUGGACUAUGGCAACAAUAACUACUUAAAAUCACUUACCAAAGCCAACUACAAGCCCUAUGGCAUCGAUUUUCCUGGCCACAUCGCAACUGGUCGCUAUUGCAAUGGUCGACUUGUCCCCGACUUCAUAAGUGAAUUUAUGGGUGCAGAAUCCGUAUCCCCGUACCUGUAUCCAAAUGCCACUCUUCAAGAUUGGGAGCGUGGAGUUAACUUUGCUUCUGCUGGAGCUGGGAUUCUUCUUGACACCGGAUACUUAUUCAAUGAACGCUUGGUUUUUCAGAAACAACUAUCAGCGUUUUUGACAGUGCGUCAAAACUUGACUUCUGGAAGAUUGGGAGUGAAUGGAACCAAUGAUCUGGUGAGCAAGGCCCUAUUUCUAAUCAACGUGGGAUCAAACGACUACAUCAACAACUAUAUGCUCCCACCAUCACUCUCGCCCCGUAUAAAGAAGUAUGGGUUAGUAGAAUACCAGAAUCUACUGAUAGGAACUUUCCGUCACGACCUCCAGGCACUCCAUGAUGCGGGGGCAAGAAAAAUAGUUGUGUCGAAUUUAGGGCCUAUUGGUUGCAUCCCACAACAACUAGCCCUCUGGAGCAGAAAUGGGAGCUGUGUGACACACACCAAUAGGAUCGCUUUCAGUUACAAUGCAGGACUGAAGAAUAUGCUGCAAGGAUUGAGGAAACAACUACCUGAUGCUCACUUCCUUUACAUGGACGUAUACCACGUUGUCAUGGAUCAUAUUAAAAGUCCGGGACUUGGAGGAUUCAAGCACAGGAGUUCAGCAUGCUGUGGCGCGGGACCAUUUAAUGGACUUAUUAUUUGCAAUCCCUUCGGAAAUUUGUGUUCAAACCGUUCAGAAUACAUUUUCUGGGACGCCUUCCACCCGACAGAAGCAUUUAACAGUCAACUUGCGCACCGGGUGAUGUAUGGGCCUAAGGAAGAUGUGAGCCCGAUUAAUAUACAGCAGCUGCUUGACCUAUGAGUCCUAGUUCGGCCACCCAGUUGUGGACUUGAGAAGAGAUCACUUCUGCGAUGUUCGAUCUAGAUAAAGAAGGUCAAUACAUAAAUCGAUGACAUCUACCAGCUUCGAUUCGCAUCUUGUGGGUGACGAUCCACUAGUGCAUUCAAUCAAUUUUUCCCCCCUGAUGUAGAAUCCUUGCAUACAAGGAAGAGACCAGAAGAGGCAGCUGAGG